CCUGGCGCCCGCCCGAGCUGCCGCCUCGUCGAGCUGAGUCCGCGCUCCCGCCCAGGCGGCGGCCGACGCGACGCCCCGAGCGCCCGGCCCCGCCGCCGCGGCCCGGCAGGUCCCUCCGUCCACGUUCCCUGUGCGGCCAGCGUCAGAGCCAUGGCAACGGAGGAGAAGAAGCCCGAGACCGAGGCAGCCAGAGCACAGCCAACCCCUUCGUCAUCCGCCACUCAGAGCAAGCCGACGCCCGUGAAGCCAAACUAUGCUCUAAAGUUCACCCUUGCUGGCCACACCAAAGCAGUGUCCUCUGUGAAAUUCAGCCCGAAUGGAGAGUGGCUGGCAAGUUCAUCCGCUGAUAAACUCAUUAAAAUUUGGGGCGCAUAUGAUGGGAAAUUUGAGAAAACCAUAUCUGGCCACAAGCUGGGAAUAUCCGAUGUAGCCUGGUCGUCAGAUUCUAACCUUCUUGUUUCCGCCUCAGAUGACAAAACCUUGAAGAUAUGGGACGUGAGCUCGGGAAAGUGUUUGAAAACACUGAAGGGACACAGUAAUUACGUCUUUUGCUGUAACUUCAAUCCCCAGUCCAACCUUAUUGUCUCAGGAUCCUUUGAUGAAAGUGUGAGGAUAUGGGAUGUGAAAACAGGGAAGUGCCUCAAGACUUUGCCAGCUCACUCGGAUCCAGUCUCAGCUGUAAGUGCUGCUGACACAGACGGGGUGGUGUCCGGCACUACGUAUCUUAACUUGUCUGCUUACACUUUUUUGUUCUCUUUGCUUCGAAGUCGCAUCUGGGACACCGCCUCGGGCCAGUGCCUGAAGACGCUCAUCGAUGACGACAACCCCCCAGUGUCUUUUGUGAAGUUCUCCCCGAACGGCAAAUACAUCCUGGCUGCCACGCUGGACAACACUCUGAAGCUCUGGGACUACAGCAAGGGGAAGUGCCUGAAGACGUACACUGGCCACAAGAAUGAGAAAUACUGCAUAUUUGCUAAUUUCUCUGUUACUGGCGGGAAGUGGAUUGUGUCUGGCUCAGAGGAUAACCUUGUUUACAUCUGGAACCUUCAGACGAAAGAGAUUGUACAGAAACUACAAGGCCACACAGAUGUUGUGAUCUCAACAGCUUGUCACCCAACAGAAAACAUCAUUGCCUCUGCUGCGCUAGAAAAUGACAAAACAAUUAAACUGUGGAAGAGUGACUGCUAAGUCCCUUUGCUCCUGCCCGCGAGAGACUGUCGGGAAGUUGACCCGGAUUGGCAAGAAACAUGGUGUCUUGGAGGUGGUCCCCAGGGUCUGCGCCUGGGGGUCAGGACAGGGCCUGAUUUGAGCCUCCUCUUUGAAGAUGAUUUGGCCGAGCGGAAGGUGUGGACCACCGGAAAGUUCUAAAAGUUGCUGGUGACAUUUCUUGCCAAUUCUAACACUGUCUAGGGAAGAGUUCCUAGUCUAUUGUGUUCAGAGUCAACAAAAAUUUUUAAUUUUUUAUUACAAAAGGGUGAAGUUCAAUUUAACAUGCGUUGUGUUUUUUCAGUAAACGUUCUGUAUCUUUUUGAUAUUCCAUGACCCAGUGCACGCCGUCACCGCCACCAUGGCCCCGCCAGCUGGCCUCCCCUUUGGCCUAGGGCCCUGACUCCUCCAUUCCCGCCAGUAGCCGUUGCUAGUGUAUUUUUGUCUUUCUGGAAAACAGCAUUGUGUGGUUGUUUUCCGUGUAAAGAGCCGUUUGUGUCUUGGGAGCUUGUGGACCACACGUGGGCAGCACAGUCAUCGCGCACGACGCUCCUGUUUGUCUCAGUGUCCCUGCAACAAGCAGCACCACAGACUGUAAUAAAAGGUGGGGUUUUGUGAACGGUUGUGGCAAGUGAGUCCUUGUGAAGCUCGUCUCCAUGUGGCUUUCUUGGAGAAAGGCUCUCGUGGCGCAAGAGGGCGGAAGGUUUCUUCGGAAAGGAGGUGCUGAGGCUGGCUGCGCCUGCUCUCUGAAGACGCCUUCGGCUCUAGGUUCAUUGUUCAGUGUUGCUGGGGGAGGAGCGGGGGUGGGGAGGUUCUUAGCUGCAAAGGAGCCAAGCUCCUGAUGGGCUCCCUUUGGGAUGUGGGGGAUGCCUGGCAUGGGAAGGCUCCCUGAGUCCUUCAGUCCAGGUCAGAUGCCAGUGGGACUGAUGCGCCCUAUGAGGGCUGCAGGGCCAGUGCUGCCCUUCGGCAUCCUCGAGGGGUUGGGUGCUAAGCGCAAGCCUCACCGUCCUUGCGGGAACCCUCACUCGCCCGCCCACCCGUCUGUGCUCCUGGCGGCGCGGCUUCCUGGUGCUCACCUGCACAGCGGUUUACAGUGGAGGCCAAGCUGGCGCCUCUGGGGAGCGAGGCUGAAACCUGAGCUCUGUGGAGACCGUUGUGGUGAGGGCUGCCACACACAGGGCAGAGCAGGGUGGCCGAGGGCACAGGCGCCUGGGUCUGUCCCACGGGGCAGGGCUUUGGGGUGGGGUGGGCUGUGAUGCUCUGGGAAGCCAGCUUGGAUCCUGGGUCUACAGAGGGCCCUGGCCCCGGAGCCCAGCCAGCUCUGCCUCUCUGAGGGCCUGGAGUCCUGGGGGAGCCCAGCCAGCUCUGCCUCUCUCAGGGCCUGGAGUCCUGGGUGAAUCCUGCAGGUUUUUGUUGCACCGGCCCAGGGAGGAAGGGGUUGUCAGGUGGGCUCUCCUGGGGGUCCUCCAGUGGCAGAGGUGAGGAGGGGGUUAUCCGAGGCAUCUGGAGAUGUAUGUCCUGUGGUUUCCCUUGCCCCUCUGUUUCUGAUGAGGUGUACGGAUGAGUGACCUGCGCUAAGAAGUGAGUUGCCACAGUGAAAAUGGGUUGGUGUUUGUCUCCGACGCUCAGGGUCUGGGCGCCUCACAUUUGCAGUCUGUUGUGACAGACACGGGGAGUUCCGCGUGCCAGCCUGCGGCUGCCCUGCUGUGGGGGUCCUGGGGGCGGCCAGCCUCCUUCAGUCUUGUUCUGGGGGGAUGGCCCACUCCGGGGAGGGGGUGUGCUGUGCUGAGCGCUGUAUCCUUGAAUAUAGUUUAUUUUUUCUACAUUUGAAUUCUGUUGUAGAUUUAUGUAAAAAUACAUUCUUUUUGAAAAUAAAAAUUUUCAUGUCUUCUAA